AUGGAAAAAAGUGAAUUUCGUGUGCUUAUUAAGCAUUAUUUUUUGCGAAAAAAAACCAUUACUGAGACCAAGGCUAAGCUUGAUAAAUACUAUGGGGACUCUGCACCAUCGAUUUCAAUGGUAAAAAAGUGGUUUACUGAAUUUCGUUGUGGCCGUACAAGCACUGAAGAUGCCGAACGUCCUGGACGCCUAGUUGAGGUCUCUUCACCCAAAACAAUCAAAAAAAUUCACGAUAUGGUGUUGGCCGACCGAAGAUUGAAAGUGCAAGAGAUUGUGGAAGCCGUAGGGAUCUCGCAUGGCUCAGUAGUUUCAAUUUUGAACGAUCACUUGGGCAUGAGAAACCUUUCCGCAAGAUGGGUGCCGCGUUUGCUCACAGUCGACCACAAACGCAAUCGUGUAACAACUUCACAGGAAGGUUUGGGUUGUUUAAUCGCAAUACGGAGGAGUUUUUGCGCCGUUUUGUAA